CAACAGUCGAGCUGUACAAAUAUAAAUAGACUGAGACUGUUUCUCUGAUUGUGUUCUGUUUGUGUUUGUGUUUGAUCGAAGGAAAAGAAUGGCAGGCCCUCAGUGUUGUUCCAACCCACCAACCCUGAAUCCAAGCGCCGGAGGUGGCCAUGUCGAACAGCUCGGUGGCCUCAGCAGCUACGUGUCUGGCUCCCCUGACUCCAAGCAUGCCAUCCUUCUCAUCUCUGACGUCUUUGGUUAUGAAUCUCCAAACUUGAGGAAGCUUGCAGACAAGGUUGCGGCAGCUGGAUUUUAUGUGGUGGUUCCUGACUUCCUUCAUGGAGAUCCCUAUAAACCCGAAAAUGCUGAUAGGCCUGUACAAGUUUGGUUGAAGGAUCAUGGACCGGAUAAGGCAGUUGAGGAGGCAAAGCCAGUAAUUGAAGCUGUAAAAAGUAAAGGCGUUUCUGCAGUUGGGGCUGCAGGCUUUUGCUGGGGUGCCAAAGUUGUGGUUGAACUUGCAAAGUCUGAACAUAUCCAAGCUGCUGUGCUAUUACAUCCUUCAUUUGUCACUCUGGAUGAUAUCAAGGGGGUUAAGGCUCAUAUUGCGGUACUAGGAGCUGAGCAUGACCAUCUUUCUCCGCCUGCACUCUUGAAACAGUUUGAAGAGGUCUUAACUGCUAAAUCCGAGGUGGAUAGCUAUGUUAAGAUAUUUCCAAAAGUCUCACAUGGGUGGACAGUUAGAUACAAUGUUGAAGAUGAGUUUGCUGUGAAGUCUGCUGAGGAGUCCCAUCAGAACCUGUUAGAAUGGUUUGCUAAGCAUCUUAAGUAAAUAUUUUCAAGUAAAAUACUUUUGUCAGGUAUUGGUUUUAUACUAUUGUAUGAAGUAAUAAUGUGGACCCUGCAAAAUGCUUGGUUUUUUCCUAUGGUUGAGACAACCUGGAAAUCAAUCUGUAGUAUGUAAGAAUCUUAAAUGAUGUUUUUUAUGUCUACUUUGCCUGUUGUGCAAGUGUGCUGAAUCAUGUUCAGGCUA